CGUUUGCACAGCUGGAUCGGCGCUACGGAUCACCUAUGAUAUCGCCUCGGACGAGUCCGUUGCCGAGCCCUCGAAGGCAUCAAAUAACGAAGACAAGGCCAGGAAGUCCUGCUCCUUCGAUAACCACGAGAUACAGCGGCGAACCAUCGAAGGAUGUGGUGAAGAAGAUGAAACAGUUGUGUGAAACAAAUGACUCGGACAUUCGGAGGAAGCUCCGGUCGAAGAGCAGGCUGUCCAUAUGGCUCCCUCUGUUUAUCGCAACGUUCAUUGCUCUGGUGGUUAUUGUCUCCGCGUAUGCUGUUCAUCGAGUAUUAGCGCGUACGUUACCGUCGAUACUAUGUCACACAGCAGACUGCAGUGCCCACGGUCUGGAACUGAAAGCAGCCCUCAACAAAGACAUGGAACCAUGCGAAAACUUCUACGAGUACGUUUGCGGACGUUGGCAACCGAAGAACGAAGCCGCCGCUUCUGUUCAGCAGGAUAUGUAUUGGAAUACUGUGCUGCAGUACACGGGACAGUUGGCAUCGGACACAUCGUUGCCAGCCCUUCUCUAUAAUAUGUGCAUGAACGUAACGAAACCAGAAGAAGAAACCAGGGACGCGUUUCGCAACUUCAUGAAAAUGCUUCAUCUUACAUGGCCUGAGGAACCUGAACAAGGCAUAUUACCGUUCGACGUUCUCAUUAAUUUGGCAGUCAACUGGAACAUGGGUCUGUGGAUGGACGUACACGUUAUCCUGCCCAAGAGAGGGCGGCCUCGUAUGAUUCAUUUGGACCACCAACUGAUAGGGGUAUCUUGGACCCAACGGCAGUCGGAGAUUGAAAAGCAGGGCCUGUACGAAGCGUACGUUAAACAGUACGCUAAUCUGCUGGGAACAUCGCAAGUGGGGUCGCUUAACGUAACCCAGCUGAAAGCAGACGAAGGAACGAUACUUGUGGCAUUAUUUUGGGAUUCUGCAAUAGAGCACAGAGAGGCGACAUAUCCAAUAUCGCGUAUGGGCUCGGUCACCGAAUCUGUUCCUGCAGAGCUGUGGUUAAGUUCGCUAAAUGCGCACUACCACCCAACGUUCAAUUUCACAUACGACGAUAUAGUGUACGUUCAAGAUAUUGCGCGGUUGAAAGCUGUGGACUUGAUCCUCAAAACGAUCCCGAACGAUCGGCUGAUGAAUGUGAUCGGUUGGACGUUUGUGCAGAAGCAUGCAUUAAUAGCGCUACUGGGAUAUCCUGAGGCAGGAAUUCUCAAGUAUGGUAGCGCUGAAGAAUACCAAACCAGGCGGGUUCUGUUUUGUUUCGAGACAACUCAAAUGCCGUAUGGCCUGUUGUCAGUUUCCAAAAUUAUGGGUCAUAUUUUUUUAAGAGUGCAGCGCCAGCAGCUCGACCACUUGAUCCAAUCUAUAUCUAACAGCGCUAAAGAACUCAUAACCGAAGCUCCCUGGAUUGAUCCUACAACGAAAUCGUCUGCGACUAGGAAGUUGCACCACACACUCACAGAUCUCUGGCCCGGAUUUGAUAUUUCCAACACCUCCGGUGUGCUUCUAGGCUACUACAGGGAUUUUCCGGCACUCAGCCCGUCCUUCUUCGAGAGCUAUUUAGACGUCGUUAAAAAAGUUAGAACCCUCCUCGGCCACGAACACGUCGAUGACAUCUACUUGAAGUUCAUCUUCACAUCGCAUGGCAUGUUUCGCUACAGUCACGUCACGAAUACAGCGCACGUUUCAUUACAAGCGCUGGGCUACCCGUAUUUCUACCACAAUGGAAAUCCAGGAACGAAUUAUGGUGCCUUAGGAUCACUGUACGCGUCUCAAAUAGUCCAAGCAUUCGAUAAAGAAGGGCUGUCCUUCACUGAAACCGGAGAAGAGCGAACGUGGUGGGGCAAUGACAGUGCAGCAGCUUACAACUCGAAACUGACUUGUAAUAUUCACAGGACAAGUGAUGAAAAAUCUACAUUCCCCCUCCUGCCAGCCCUAGCGAUAAGUUAUAAUGCCUACAAAGAUGAACUGAGGAGUGGUACGCAACAGGAUGUGCGCCUAGCAACACUUCCUCAGUUCUCUGAAAGACAGAUAUUUUUCAUGAGCUAUUGCUAUACCCUGUGCUCCAAAAGUAGAAAGGAACAAGACGACUGCAACUUUCCACUGAUGAAUUCCGAAAUGUUUGCACAGGCGUUUCGCUGUCCACCGAAUUCGACCAUGAAUCCCGCGAACAGGUGCGAUUUUUUUUCGUAGGAUUCGUGUACGCCUGCAACAGGUCCGGCUUUAAUAACGCAGCCAGACCAAUGUUCAGGCUUGUGCAACGCUGUGUUGCAUGUGUUAUGCUUCCCCGCGUUUGUAAUCUAGCGGAUGCAUGUACAUUCAGUAGAUGUGCUUUCGCAUUCCCAAUUAACCUGUUAAUUAAAUAUAUACGUCGUCUUGUCACAA